AGCCCCUCUGUUUCCAUGGAAGGCAGCUUCCCACAGAAUGAGCUCCCCGGGAAGCUGAGCGGCAGCCUCGUUUUUCUGGCUUGGUUUCAGAGUCCUCAGUGUCACUCUGGCCACAUUCUGUGGGUCAUAUGCAGUACCAGCCCACAUUCCCCAGAGGUGAGCUGGCCUCCACAUCCUGUGGCCACUGGGACAUUGCCGAGGGCAGUGUGGGUUGGGAGCCGCAGUCGGUCGUGGCUAUCUGUGGGAACCACAGUCUCCUGUUCUGGAAACCCAGCCCUGUUCAGACCCGUGGAAGGGACGGCCUGGACGAUGCGGCCUGCUGGGUGCCACAUCUCUACUUCCUGUUUCCCCCGGAAGCUGUGGGGAGCAGCAUUCAUCCUGUGCACGUUGGUGAUGGGGGUUCCUGCCUUCCCCACGCCGUCUGCAGAGAGCACAGGGGCCACGGGCAACUGCUCCUUCCGUGGCAAGUAUUUCAAAGAGGAGCUCAGGCUGGAGGGCGAGCCUGUGGUUCUGAGGUGCCCGCUGCUGCGGUCUUACUUGGAGGACAGUGCCAACCCCCAGCACCUCGUCACCUGGCAUGAAAACAGCUCUGCUCAGCUGAUCCCAGUGGGAGAGCCGAGGGUGCAGACCAAGGACGAUGCCCUCUGGAUUCUGCCAGCCGUGCGGGGGGACUCGGGCAUGUACAUCUGCAGGCUCAGAGAGGCCUCUCACUGUGAAGAAAUAGCCAUCGAGCUCAAGAUUUUUGAGGAUGCAGAAGCUGUCCUGUCCCUCAUCUCCUACCCACAAACCCUCACGCUGGGGGCCGACGGCAUGCUCAUGUGCCCAGACACGCAGGAUUUCUCCCAGGACAAAGGCGGCAUGGGUGUUUGGUGGUACAAGGGACCUGUCCUUCUGGGUGGAGCCGGUGGGAGGUUUCACAAUGUGGAGGAGAAGAGGCGCCUGCUCAUAGUCAACGUGUCCAUGGAGGAUGCGGGCUACUAUAGGUGCGUGCUGGCCUUCGUCCACGAGGGCAGACAAUUCAACGUCACCAGGCACGUCAGACUCCGCCUCCACAAGCAAACGGACACCGUUCCUGUGAUCAUUUCUCCCCUGGACACCAUAUCUGCAUCUCUGGGCUCGAGACUGACGAUCCCGUGCAAGGUGUCUCUGGGGACCAGCACGCCCUUGACCACCUCGCUGUGGUGGAUAGCGAACUUCACUCAGAUAGACAGCGCCUACCCCGGGGGCCGCGUGACCGAGGGGCCGCGCGGGGAGUAUUCUGCAAAUGGGGAGAACUUCGUUGAAGUGCCGCUGAAUUUCGAUCCAGUCAUAAGAGAGGAUUUGAGCACGGAUUUUAGAUGCAUUGUCUCUAAUACACUGGGUUUCCAGACGCUGCGUACCACAGUCAAAGAAGAAGGAUGAUUUUUUUUCCCCCAUAACACCUCUACAAAACUUUCAUGGAGAGAGUGUUGGUAGAAAAUGUUCGGAAAUCUCACACGCCCGUGAACCACUUAUGAGAAAAAAGAAAGACAAGCUAAGUAACAGAAGCAUUGCAAUGCCACCUCCUGAAGAACCAAAGUCAGCCAUGGAUACUGGCCACAGGCACCAAAGGUGAUGCAUUAAAAGGUGAAUCUGAUGUCUCUGGCAUUUCAGAUGUGGCAGGACCUCACAGGGCCCCUGUAAAGCCCGCUGAGCUGCGUUUCUGUCCUUGGAUUCUGUGGCCGGGCAUCCUGCUCCUAACCCCUGGCACAGGCCUAGCCGCCCAGUGGGCAUUUAUUUGCACUGCAUAUGCUGAUGGAUAAACUGUGCUCUGGAGUUUUCCCGCCAGCAUGCGCAGACGGGAUCCCAGUACUGGGGCUCGGCUGGGCUUCCCUGCCGGCUCCUAUCCUCAAAUUCCCACUGGUUUCCACCCUGCCCUCCUGCCAAGGGCUGCCUUGGACACAUAGAUGCUCUUUGGGCUUCUGUGGUUGUUUCCCUGAUCCGGGGACUCCACCCGUGGGUGUCUGCUCCUCAGAGAUACUUGUUGCUGUCACAGGGCUCCAAGAAACCACAGUCACUCCACAGAAGGCACUGCACCCGGGUGUCCUCGGACAAGCUGUUCACUGCCAUCUGGGAUGCAGCUCCUGCCCCCUGCGGUGCCACCGCUCCCCGUGCUCUCAUAGGAACCCUUCCAACCUCACAUGGCCAUCGGGCUGCAAAGCAGGGGGGAGGGGUCCUGUCCUCCCCCAAGGAUCAGCUCCGAGCAUCUGCCUCCUCCCUCAGCCCCUGUCUGCGAAACUCACUUUCUCGGCAUCUUCAGACAAAGCAAGGUCAAAUAAAGACUGCUGCAAAGAACCUGGAGCUGCUGGUGUCCACUGGUUCCCCAAAUGCCAGGCCUGUGCUUCCCAGGUGCCUGAGAGAGGCCAAGCAUCUGGGGCUGGAGAAACUGGGAGAAAGAAUGCUACAGGUGCAAUCAAGGAGGAGAGAGGAAAGAGCAAGAGUGAAAGGAAAUGCAACUUGGAAGUGUCGACAGUGUGUGAGAUUUCACACACGUGGCCCAGUGUGCUCCUCAAAAGCAAUCUACCGGGCACAUGUCUAGCCCACAUGUGAGAGGACAGGAAACGGAGGCUCAGUUUACUAUCACAGCAGACAGACUGACUUAGGGCAGCACGGCUUGCUAACAUGAAUCCCAGGAUGGGAGCACAGCUGGAGAACAGCUGUUGUGGGUCGAGGUUACAGCAGGAAGGAAUAGAAUAAAUAUUGGCUUUGUUGGAGGCUGCCUGGCUACGGAGAGGGUGGGAGAAGAGCUGAGCCUCCCGCUCACUUCCUCCACCAAACUCACCGGAAGUGACUCUAACAAAAAACCUACCCCUGAACUGGGAACCAGGGCUCCUCUCCCCUCUGGUAUUCUGCAGUCAUGCUCUGAGCCUUGGGGCUUGCCGCCAGCCCGUGGUCAAUGGGGUACUGUCUGUCUCCAUUCAAACUGCUUGCGUGACCUUGACCUUGGGGGGUAUUUCUCUCCUGGGUGUGCUUUCCCCCAAGCCUGCUGGGAGACCAUGUGGAUUUAGCCCCUAGAAUGCUCAGAAAUGCUUAUAAGCCGGAUGUGAAUUAAUAGCUAUAAAACCAUGUUGCGCUCAAAGCAGA